CAACAACAACAACAACAACAACAACAACAACAACAACAACAACAACAACAACAACAACAACAACAACAACAACAACAACAACAACAUAUACCACCUCAGCAUACAGGGUAUCAGCCGCUAGGUUACAGCUCACCAGCGCACUUGGGAAUCCCGCCAGCCAGAUACGAGCAAACUUAUUAUCCCCCUCUUACAUAUGCGGCAUCUCAUGGGCAGAGUGCAGUUCAAGCGAAUGUGACAAUCCACUUACAUCCACAUCGUGCAUCCCACAAUACUCAAGAGAACUCUUCUAAAACAUCAGCAAACCUUUCAAAAAGGCCCAUGUCACGUACUUCAGAGUCGGGCUAUGACGUCUCAAAGACUAUUGUGGACGGGUCAACUCCCAUGAGAUCCAGGCAAGCUCAGCCUUCUGCAAUGGAUGCAGCCUCACACCCAAUCAAUUCUACCAGCACCAUAGCACCGCGAGGACCCCCAAGGAAGCCAAAGCAAUCUGGUAAUGCUUUAUGGGUUGGCAAUCUACCCCCUGGGACAGACAUUAAUGAACUGAAAGACUACUUCGCACGGGAUGCCACUAAAGAUGUCGAAAGUGUCUUUCUCAUAUCGAAAAGCAACUGUGCCUUUGUUAAUUAUAAGACGGAGGUGGCGUGCCUUGCAGCACUAUCAAGAUUCCACGACACCAGGUUCCAUGGAGCACGUCUCGUCUGUCGACUGCGUCGGGAUUCGAUGUCUCCUGCUCCGCAGCCCGAUUCAUCAUGCUGUUCAUCUCAAGCUGAUAACGGUGCUGUCGCUAUACACAACGAGCAGGUUGGAAAUAUGUUGGUGGAAAAGAUAGCUGAUAGCAAAUAUUCAAGGCCUCGGAUGCCAAACAGAUAUUUCAUUGUCAAAAGCCUAUCUAUGGAUGACCUCGAGCUAAGUAGACAAAGUGGGAUCUGGGCAACGCAGGCGCAUAACGAGGGCACCUUGAACCAGGCCUAUCAGACUGCUGAUAAUGUCUACCUUGUCUUUUCGGCCAACAAGUCUGGCGAGUAUUAUGGGUACGCUCGGAUGGUGUCACCAAUCCAAGAGGACGACGGCUUGAAUAUGGAGAUGCUGCCUCGCCCUAACCACAUCCAGGCCGAGCCCGAGGACUUGGAUUUGACACCAACUCUAGCGACGUCCACCGCCCCAAAUGGACGGAUCAUCAAUGAUAUUGUGCGGGGAACAGUGUUCUGGGAAGCAGACUCAUCAGAAGAUGAAGGCGGAAACAAGAUUGAUAAGAGCGUUGCAGACGUAGCCGAGGAGGUAUCAGAGUCGGGGUUCCAAUCUAUAGGGAAGCCGUUCCGGAUCCAAUGGCUUUCGACAGAACGAGUCCCUUUCUACCGCACACGAGGUUUGCGGAACCCUUGGAACGCAAACCGAGAAAUCAAAAUCGCCCGAGAUGGCACAGAGAUUGAGCCGGCUGUAGGGGAGAGGCUUGUGCAGCUAUUCCACACACCUUACCCCGGGUGAGGCGAAGAGGAAGAAAGAGAAGCAGAGGCGUGUAGAUUGAUGCCCAGGAUCUCACAGUUUAACUCUAGAGUCUUCUCUAUAAACGAAUCAAUACGUGUGUAUGGUUUUCUUUUUGCUAUAUAUUAUUUAUUUGCUUUUACCUUUCCCCUCUUUAGAUGAAGGUAGAAGAAUAAUAGGGGGAAAAAAGGUGUGGUACAUGGCUAAUAAGAGCUAUCCGUAUCCUUCGUUUGUGCUGUUUGGGGUAGCAGGCAAGGGUAUGCCAAAAAGACACCUAUGUUAUACUUUAUAUAUACUUUAAGUAUUGUUUUGUCUUGUAGUGCGGUAUGGAGAGGAGCUAUAUGGAACCCCUCCUUUAGGAGUGAGGUCACCGAUAGAGAGGUAAAAGGGAAUAAAUCAAUUGUCACGAUAAACUUUGUUUGCCAAGUUUUUAUGGACAUACAUGAGAAGCAUGGGGAAGAGGGGCUGCUGUG